CAUUCCAAAUUAAAACACAACUUAAAUUUAGAAUCUUGAAUUUUUUUUAAAAAUAAUAUCCCAAGAAAUAAAACUAAUAUAUCUGAUUAAAAAAAAGAGAGAAAAUAAAAAAUAAUAAUAUAGUAGGUAUGGAAAUAAAGGAGAGGUAAAGGGACCGAGUUGUAUGAGAAGAACUGAGAAUAGAGAAUAUAGUAGAAGAAUAAAAAGAAGAAGUGAAGGAGAAGAGCGGGUGAGGUUGAGGAUGAAUUUGGGAAAAUAAUUGUUGAAAAGGGGAAAAACGUGUGGUGGGGUUGUCGGACGUGGUCGUUCCUCUCCGCCGUAUGAUUUGUUUUUUAUUGCUGCGAACCGAGAGCGCUCUGCCCAACGGCUCGAGAACCGAGUUGGAAACGAUAGCGAGUGCGAGUCGCGACCCAGUCCAGUCUCGAAACAUGACGAUGGAGCGUGUCCCGUCUCGACGAUUUUAACCAUCCAGUUCUUGACUUUCUUCGGCCCAUUUGAAAAGAGUGUGACUCAAGAGACUCGUUUUCAUCGCCGGCUUCACAGUUCAAAAUCGGUCUCGACGGUCGUUGAUCAUGUUCAAUUCACGCGGAGUGUCGCGUCCGUUGUACAGUGUUUUGAGGAUACGAGAGUCGUCCUGGUCAUGUCCCUGAGCGGUGCGAGGACUAACUGAUUUUCGUCGACUCUGUGCCGGCGUUUGAGUUUAUAGCUGAAGGAUUCUUAGUCGUAGAGUAUCGUCUUUCGAUCUUCGCUAAAGAUGCCGAGCGGCAAACAGCGUUCCGAAAGGAAGACCCAGAGGGAAAGCGGAGAGGACUCGGAGGACGAGAGUGAAGUCCUGGAGGAAAGCCCUUGCGGCCGUUGGCUCAAGAGGAGAGAAGAGGUCGAGCAGCGAGAUGUCCCCGGUAUCGACAGCGCCUAUCUCGCAAUGGACACCGAGGAGGGUUUCGAGGUGGUGUGGAACGAAGUACAGUUUUCAGAAAGGAAAAACUUCAAGUCGCAAGAAGAAAAGAUCCAGCAAGUGUUUGAGAAUCUCACUCAACUGGAGCAUCCUAACAUAGUCAAAUUCCACAAAUACUGGACAGACACACAUAAUGAAAAACCUAGGGUGAUCUUCAUAACUGAGUAUAUGUCUUCCGGAUCACUGAAACAGUUUCUGAAAAGAACAAAACGGAAUGUGAAAAAGCUUCCUCUUCAGGCGUGGAAACGGUGGUGCACUCAGAUACUUUCAGCUCUCAAUUACUUGCAUUCGUGCUCGCCGCCCAUCAUCCACGGCAACCUCACAUGUGAUACCAUAUUUAUACAGCACAAUGGGCUCGUGAAAAUCGGAUCAGUGGCGCCUGAUACCAUUCACCACCAUGUGAAGACAUGUCGGGAAAAUAUGAAAAACAUGCACUUCAUCGCACCUGAAUAUGGAGCUGAUCCUUCACCUACUGUCGAUAUGUUUUCCUUCGGGAUGUGUGCGCUCGAAAUGGCAGCGUUGGAGAUCCAAGGGAACGGCGAUUCAGGGACCUUGGUGACCGAAGAACACAUAAGGCGGACCAUAGACAGUUUAGACGAUCCUCGACAAAAAGAUCUUAUAUCGAAAUGCCUUGCCAGAGAUCCAAGUACGAGGCCUACUGCUAAGGAGUUGCUUUUCCACCCUCUCCUCUUUGAGGUGCAUUCUCUGAAACUUCUAGCUGCCGACGCUUACGUGAAUGCGUUCGCCAACACAUCUGAAACGAUCACGGAUGAGAUUGUACAGCGGAUGUACAGCAGUGAUGCUAUUUUAGCAGAAAUUAAUCACCUUAAUCAACCUCCUAUCUUGUUCAGGAUGUCGAAUACAAAUGUGACCGAGAAGCUGGAAAAGUUCGUUGAAGAUGUAAAGUUUGGCAUUUACCCUCUCACAGCUUAUAAAUCUCGACAACAAGUGCCUCCAAUAGUUAAACCAAGACCGGCCACUCCCGAAGUUGCUGAAUCCGUCAAAUCUGCAAGCCCAGAACCAGUGGAUGUAGAGGCGAGGAGGGUUGUCAACAUGAUGUGCAAUGUGAAACCUAAAGAACAGAGCUGUGAUCUCAUGGUAAGGUUAAAGAUGACAAUACUUCUUCGGAUGGACGAUAAAAUGAAUAGACAGUUAACCUGUCACAUCUCCGAUAUAGACAACUCCCUCGUGCUGGCACAGGAGCUCGUCUUUUUUGGUUUUAUCAACGAGGCUGAUAAAGAUAAGAUCUCCUUGUUGAUCGAAGAGACGUUACACACCGGAAAUCUAGCACGGACCCAGGCUGCUGUGCAGGCUGCCGUCUCUGCACAAGCUGCCGCCCCAAGUGGAGGUGGUGGUGUCAGUACAUGUGCAACCCAAGCGCAUUUACCACCUCAUGCUCCUGCGCCGCCAGUUCAAACCUCUAGCUAGUGCUAUAUUCAGUUUCCUCUUUAAAUAUAUAUAUAUAUAUAUAUAUAUAUAUAUAUAAAAUUUAUAUAUAUGUACAUAUAUAUAUUUGUACAUUGUUAUAAUUAUAUAUAUUAUUUUCUUGGGAGGUUAGAUCUAAUGUAUACAACUCCCUCCCUGUGAAACGGUUUAAAUCAGAAUCUUUCCCUCUCUUUUAUUGUAAAUUUAGAGCAGAAUUCCAGUUUAUACAUUCCCAGUCUGCUCUUACUUAUGAGAGGAAAAGUAAACACCUAUUUCCUCCAAUGUAAACAAACCAUAGAUUUGCUUUAUGUAGAGGAAAUUUUAAAGACUUCAAAAACUAGUUUGUUAAUCUCUAAUUGGGAAAACUAUUCAAUAUAAAUUGUUUUGCACCUUCCUUUUAAACUUCAGCUCUGAUACAGGCUAGUUUGGUAGAACUCUGAUUUUUCAGUUGGAACAAAAAACAAAGGGCUUUAUCAUUAAUCUGAUUUUUUCAAAAUUAAAUUAUUUAAGAUCUUGUGAUUGUGUAUUUCCAUUUGUAAUUUUAUAUAAUUAUUUUUAAACAACUGAAAAAAAAACUUAUAAAAUAAAAUAUCGAAUGUUUAAAUCAAUAAAUAUAAAUAUUGUGUUUUUUUUUGUUUUUUAAUGGUCUUUUGUUCCUUUGGCUAAAAAAAAUGAGUUUGUCAGAUGUAAACCCUUUCAUUAACACAACAAAUCGGUUUAAAAAUAAUUUUGAUAUGCCCUUCCAAAUAGUAAUAAUAAAGAAACAAAGUAGUUCAUUCAAAGUGACACUGAAAUUUCCCAAAUUGAAUGAUUGACCAGUUAUUGCCAUUGUGACACCGAAGGGACUCCGAUUUUUAUAUAUAAUGUAAAAAUGAAAAAAAAAAAAAAACGAUGUGAUAAUUAGUCUAUAUUUUUUUAAAAGUAACUGCCAAUUUUUUAAACCUACAACCAAGGUAGGACAAGUGUUUGUUGCACACAGGGAGAUUCUUUGGAAACAAAUUUUUUAAAGGAUGUUUUGUAUGACGGUUGUUUGAACUGCAAAAUUAUAUUUCCUUAUUCAUAAUCAGCAUUUACACAGACUUAUUUUUGUAAUACCACUUUUAUUGCUUUUAUUACUGUUUUUGUGUGCCAUUUCUCUACCGUUUACUUUUUAUGUAUGUGUUGCCCUUAUAUUUUCUUUUUUAAACUAGAGAAAUUGCCAUGAUACUAUUUAUUAUAUUUUAUACAUACUUCUAGAUAUGAUUACUAUCGUUAUUUUAUUUGGGUAAUAUUAUUCUCAUUUGUAAAGUGUAGCUUUAUUUCUUACACAAUAAAAUUCUAUUUUGCAUAUUUCACUUCUCGUUUUUUUUUUUUUUUUUUUUUUUUUCCAAUUAUUAUUAAAGUACUAUCUAAAAACAGACUUCCUUUAUAAAUAAAAGAUAAUAAAACUACAUUUUUAGAAACAUGGUGAAUAUGUAAAUAGAACAGUUUUGCACUCCCUUGUAGUAAUAAAUAAAAAAUGUUGGUUACAAUAUUUCUUAUAAUUAAUUACGUAGGAAGUAACUUAAAGUGUAGAUAUUCUUCUCAAUAGCACAAACUGAUGGGUUGUACAGGGAAGGAAAAGUUUUUAACAGAAACCUUUAAGAAAUUUAAAAUUGUCAAUUUAGGAUUAUUAUCCGAACCUAACAAUUUUUAUCUCUGAUCAAGCUCUAAUAGUUUUAAUUAUCAAAAAGUAAGUUUCCUGUUGUAGGCAGUUAAGGUUGCCAUUGCUCACUGAAAAAUAUAAAAAAAGUAUAUAUACA